CCACGAAAGGGGAAAAAGAAAAAAAAGUAGCAGUAAAAUUUGAAAAACAAAGCAGAAAGAUGGGGAGCGAAGAGGAGAGCGCCGUGAAGGAGCCUUUGGACCUCAUUCGUCUCAGCCUCGACGAGCGCAUCUACGUCAAGCUCCGCCACGACCGUGAGCUUCGUGGAAGGCUCCAUGCUUAUGACCAGCAUUUGAACAUGAUUCUGGGUGAUGUUGAAGAGAUUGUUACCACAGUGGAGAUUGAUGAUGAAACAUAUGAGGAAAUUGUCAGGACCACAAGACGUACAGUACCGUUCUUAUUUGUGAGAGGAGAUGGUGUCAUUUUGGUCUCACCUCCACUUAGAACAGCUUGACAUCGAAGAUACAAAAGGUUUCCAUGCCGUUAAUUUUUGCACUUCAACAAAUUGGGUGGUUUCCAUGCUUUUCAUCAUUUUGGGUCCAUUUCUGUUUCUCAUUUUUAACUGAGAAACAUGAUUGGAGGGUAGGAUUGUAAACAAACUCGUUGGAUAUAAAAUUAUUAUGUUUAUUUAA